CAGGACUGGGCACCACUGGCAACCCUCCAGCUGUCACUGAGCAGCCACCCCCAUCACUCUCAGCCUGAGGGUUCUGCAGACAAAAUACAUUUUUCACAAUUUAUAGCACCGGCGGAAUUUGGCAGAUUUUCUGUUUGGAGAAUCACGCUAGAGAAUCAUGUCUGAGAGCAUUUCCAUGCAGACAUUUGUGACAUUCAACGAUGUUGCUGUUUAUUUCUCUGAAGAAGACUGGAAAUGUCUAGAAGAAUGGCAGAAAGAAUUAUACAGGAAUGCCAUACAAGAAAUCCAUGGCGUUUUGACCGCCAUGGGUUAUGCAAUCAGCAACCCUGAUGUCUUAGUAAGGAUUCAAAAUAUUGAUUCUUUGAAACCCAGUAAUUCAGAUAUUCCCAAAAGAAAAAGCAGUAAUUUUGCAAGUGGAUUUCCUUCACGUAACCCUGAUAUUUUACUGAGGGUCAAGCAGCAAGCGAGAAUGUAUUUAAGUGGCCAGCUUGAUUUAGAAGAAGGAGAUGACAGUUGUAUGAGUACUGGAACAUGUGAGAGUUUACAGCAGCCUGACUGCACAUCACUAUUCCCUAAAGAUGAAGGCCCGUGUUCCAAAAGUCACUUGGUCAAUAUAAACAAGGAGACUGCUACUUUGAGCAAGUCAACUGAAGACCAAACAUCAGGGAAUGAUCUUGAGGAACCGGAUAUUGAUGAGAUGGAAGUACAAAAAGCCAAAGAAAAUCUUUUUCUGUGGGAAGACAUCUUCGAUAAAAUAGAAACAAAAUCGGUUCCAAAAGACAAUGAAAGUGAAGUUUUAAGAGUUGUCGGCAUGGCUAGUAAAUCUCCUGCUUUUACUGCUGAGAAGAAAGCCAGUGGAAAGGAGAGGCUAUAUAUCUGUUCUGUAUGUGGAAAGAGUUUUGGUGGUAAUUCAUUGCUUGUUCGUCACAUGAGAAUCCAUACAGGGGAGAAACCCUACGCAUGUAACCACUGUGACAAAAGUUUUAAUGAUAAAUCCUACCUUUUACGUCAUUUAAGAACUCAUACUGGAGAAAAGCCAUACUCUUGCUCAAUCUGUCUGAAAAGUUUUAGUCAAAACUCCAGCGUCAUUGCCCACAUGAGAAUACACACAGGGGAAAGGCCAUUUCAAUGUGCAGAAUGCGACAAACGUUUCAGUGACAAGUCAUACUAUGUGCGACACAUGAGAAGUCACACAGGAGAGAGGCCAUACAAGUGCAAUGAGUGCGAUAAAUGCUUUAGCCAAACGUCAAGUCUUGCAUCUCAUAUGAGGAUCCACACAGGAGAAAAGCCUUACAAAUGCACUUACUGUGAUAAAUGUUUUAGUCAAAAUUCAAGUCUUCUGAUACAUAAACGGUUGCAUAAACAGGGAGAAAUGCUAUAAAUGUGUGAUGGUUAAAAGGUAGACUCCUGCAGUUGUAGAUCUAAAAUCUACAUCACAAAAUGCUUUGCCAGUUUUAAAGGAGAAUUAUAGGGUCAGGAACACAAACAUGCCCCCCUUACCUCCCUAAAUAUAGUAAAAUCUUACUUGUAUUCAAGUCUAAAGCUUCUUCCUCUGACCUGCCCUUGUCUGCUGACCUUCUGCUUAAUGUUAAACCUGUAUUAAUACUAGACGAGAUGCUUCAGCAGCCCAUCCUAACUGUGUUGCUUGGGAUAGCGAGGAAGCAUUAGCCUAAGCAGCAAUGGGAAACUAACUGGCUCAGAAUAUCAGGUUGAAAGCGGUCAGCUAUCACAGUGCCCACUGCUGAUAUGAAUUGGUAUGGUUAGAAGGAAGUGUGUAAUAUUUACCUUAACCGUACCUACAGUAGGGGCCAAGUUGUGGGCGGUCAGGGACUCUUGUUUACUGUAACCCUGCUCAAAAAUAGUGUAACGUUGAAGAGCAGAAAGUGCCAUUGAACGGCAGACACUAUAACAAAUUCAAUUGGAUAAAAUGGUUAUAUUACCUACCAGGGCUGAUCCUAGGGUCACAGGCGCCUGGGUGCAGAAUUUUGUUUAGCGUCCCCAGGUGGUCAUCUUUUUAACCCUUCCCCUUUGCAACAACUCCACCUCUUCAUCUAGACACACACUCAAUGACAGUCACACACUUUCACUGAGAGACACACACACUGAUUUGAAACACUCACUGACAGAAACAAAUGCUGACAGACACACAGUGGUACACAAAACAAAGAAGUCCAGCACUCACCGUUUUAAAUCACAACAUACAUAAUUACACACACACACUGCCCCAUGCAUACCUAGACAUUCACACACAAUACAUUACACACACAUUCACACUGUCAUAUGGACACUGUAUCAGUCACACACAGACACCUACUCACUGACCGAUACAUUUACUGACACACACACACACUCACUGACAGAUGCACUCGCUGACACACAACACUGAUACACAUACACACACAGUCUUGCGCACACAUUUAUUUUAUUGCUUGUUGCUCCUACUUUUAGGAAUCUUCUGGGUCCUCUCCCCAGGGUCCAGUGGCUUUCAUGCUCUUCCUGUGCCUCUCUCCUCCCUCGCACUGUUUAGUGAUGUGGGGCCGGAAUUAUGUCAUAUUCCAGCUCCUGGCAUCACCACAGAGGGCGUGCGAGGGAGCAGAGAGGAGCAGGAAGAGCAUCAGCUCUGAUAGUGCUCCUUCUCCGCCACCUACCUUUGU